CUCCGGGAGCAGCUGGCGGGCGAGCCUGGACAGUUGAGGUGUGGUGGUGCACAAUAUGGCGUGUUGACUAGAUAAGCUAGGAGUGAUUUCUGGAAGAUUGUGAUGCUAGAAUGAACACUAUAUAAUGUGAUCACUAGUGCUUCAGAAACAAUGCCGCUGAUCUCCAAAUUCAAAGACAUAUUUAAAGGUGGAUCUUCGGCCAAAAAGAAAAAGCACUUUCAUAAUGUUCGGCUGGACAACCCAGAAGAAUUCUGGGAUAUUAUUGGAGAGCUGGGAGAUGGAGCCUAUGGCAAAGUUUACAAGGCUGUACACAAAGAGACGAAACAGCUCGCUGCCCUCAAACAGGUUGCACUGGAAGAAGAGGAGGAUCUCGAAACAUUUAUGAUAGAGAUUGACAUUCUUUCAGAAUGCAAACAUGAAAACAUUGUUGAACUACUCGAGGCUUACCACUUCACUGGCAAACUUUGGAUGUACCUGGAAUACUGUGAUGGUGGGGCCAUGGAUUCCAUUAUGGCGGAUCUCUACCGGCCUCUUACAGAACCUCAAAUUGCCUAUGUUUGUAAAUAUCUUGUUGAAGCACUUGUAUAUAUACAUGAUCAGAAGGUGAUACAUCGGGACUUGAAAGCGGGUAAUGUCCUCCUAACCAUGGAAGGGGGAGUGAAGCUAGCUGAUUUUGGAGUGUCUGCCAAAAACAAAAACACCUAUGAUAAAAGAGGAACAUUCAUAGGGACUCCAUACUGGUUAGCUCCUGAAGUCAUCUUGUGUGAGACUUUCAUUGAUGCCAAAUACGAUUAUAAAGCUGAUGUGUGGUCACUAGGUAUUUCGUUGAUAGAAUUUGCACAGAUGGACCCACCAAAUCAUGAAGUUUCUCCCGUCCGUGUUAUGCUCAAGAUCCAGAAAUCUGAUCCUCCUAAACUUAACUACCCUUCCAAGUAUUCCAAGGAAUUCAACGACUUCAUUAGCAAGUGCCUUGUGAAGGACCCGUCUCUUAGACCAACUGCUGUGGAACUUCUGAAGCAUCCAUUCAUUUCCAAAGACCUAGAUGUGAAGCCCAUCCGAGAUCUCCUCUUGGAGUACAAGGCUGAAGUUGUAGAUGAAGAGGUGGAUGAAGAUGGAGACGAUCAGCGCUUUUCCCGGAUUAGUGAAGAUGAUCCUAGUCAUGAAGAUACCUUCUCUGUAACCCCCAACGCCAUCAGUAAAGAAAAUAAACCUCCCAGUCCCGGAAAAGAUGAAAAUGAGGUGGUGGCGCCAGACUCAGGUGAGCGGCGAAAGGGACCUGCCCCUCCUCCCCCUGUUAGUGGCAGCCCAGCUAGUGUUUCCUCUACACCCUCUAAGAAGGGCCCUGCACCCGCUGUCCCAGCUAGCACCACCCCCUCUAAACCUAGAGCUCCUUCACCUGUGGAUGUGCCCUCUGAUGACCUAGUAGGUGAGUCAGGUGUUAGCUCCCCACCCAGCAGUAAUGCAAGUAAGCAAGUUACCAGCACACCCUCAGGGAAGGGCCCGGCACCCAAGCCUGUAUCCAUUUCUGAAAGUCCGGUGCUUAAGGAGAAACAGUCACCAACAAUCUCCAAAACAGACAUUCCAUGCACAGAAAAUCUUCCUUCCGUCCCUAGUGAAAAGGAAGAAAGUGAAAAACAGUCAAGUGUGCCUCAUUCUUCUGAGAAAGCUGAAAAGAGCAUAUUAGAUGAAAGAAUGGAAGUUGAUGAGAAGCCCAAGAUAGAGUCUGACACCCAAGAGCCAAAGAAUAAAUCUAAUGUAGAUGUUGUUGAUACAAACCAAGCAAGUAUUAGUGUAUCAGUAGAGGAAGGCAAAAAUAUGCCUUCUUAUGCACAAAAUGUUGCAGAAGUCAUAACAAGAGCCCAGCCAAAUGAAGUGGAAAACCCCCAAAUUGCUGAGACAUCAGUCAGUCUUAAAGUAGUAGUAGAUCUAGAUGAAGAAGAGACAAGGAAAGCAACAACUUUAGUUGUUGAUGAUACUGAACUUAAAACUCUUGUUUCAACUUCACCUCCAGUGUCUCCUGUAACAACUGUGGCAUUGUCCACUCCAGAUUCAUCAACUGUUGUUUCUCCUCAGUCACAAGUAACUCAUAUGUCUGGUCAAGCUACUAAUGAACCAGAACCUCCAGCAGUACCGGUGAGACCAGCUUCUGCAUCGUUAUCCCCCAGUUCGUCGGAGGCGGUAAUUGCAUCUAUAGGAAGUGAUGCUACUGUAAUUGUUCGCACUCCCACCCCAACUCCCCCAGAACCUUCACAAGGCCAGCCCCCUGUGAAAAAAGAGAGUGUAGUCACAUAUUCUGGUCCUGCCAUUGUUGAUAAAAACUCAAAAGAUGAAGUGGAGACUCCAUCUUCCCCCGAAGUGCAAGAUUCCAUCUCUCAUCCACCAACAUCCACUUCCCCAUCCUUAUCUGAGGCUGAGGAACAGGCAGUGCAGAUCUUAGAGUCAGCAAUUGCCAGUGUUGGAGACACAGUUUCCAGUAAGAGUUCCCAGGAGGAUGGGGAAGAUUCUAAUGUCACUCUUGCAAGUACUUCAGUGAUACUAACUCCAGAGAAAGAGAAGAAAUUGGACACAGUAGUCCUGUCAGACCAAGUGGUGGCUGCUGACCAAGUGAAGGCACCUGACUCUAGUGCAAAAGAUAAGGAUGAAGGAAUCACAGAAGUCCAGGUAAUUCCCAAUGAUGGUCAUAAGCUAGAUGAAAGUGAAGUUGUAAUAAGCAAUUCCUCCAUACUUCACGAUGGGAUGGACACACAGCCAGACCCCAACGCUGCCUCAAAGUCACGUUAUGAAAUCACACUAGAGGAAACCGCACAGGUGGAAGAAAUCCCCCCUUCAGUUCUGUCUGCAAAUGACACAACGCACAUCUCUGUUGUAGCUGUAGAUGACUUAUCAGAAGCAGCUAGUUCAAGUAAGGAUACUCCAUCUUCCCAGAAGGACUCACUUGUUUCAUCAAAAACACCGCCCCCAGCACCUGUUGAUCAGAAAACCACAACUACCAGAUCACCAGUACAGAGUGAGCAAGAUCACCAAGGUCAUCUGGAAACCUCUUCCAAUAUCUCUAAUAUUUCUAAUCUCAGUGGAGGAACAACUUCAACUGGAAGGUCUGUGAGUUCAGCUGAGGAAGAGAACCGACCCACCAUGUCACUCUUGAUAGAGGGUACAACUGUUAGUGCAACAGAUGUAGAUGAUGAUGAAGUGUUUGAUCACUCUGAAAACAAUGAAUCAAAGACUGCAAAGGAGAGCUCUGCCAACAAACCUGCACUAGUUAGAGAGUUAACGAUAGGAAGUGAAGUGUCUGUUGAAUCCGGGGUCUCUGCUGGGUCUACAGUUUCAACCCCAUCACAUCAGACAGACUACUCACAGCAAAGCACCCCAGUUGCUAAUUCUCCAGUAACAAAAAUAUUGCCAAAUGGCAUUGGGAAAGAUGCUCACAGACUGGAGAGAUCUGAGUGGGAUAAUGUAAGUACGACCAGCUCGGAGAGGGAGAACAGACAUAGAGAGAGGGAUGAUGAGAGUUUGGACGAGGUUGUACUUCGAAGACCACAACAGGCCGACCUUUCUGAUGUCACCAUCCAACCAUUAGAGAAAAACAGAGAAGGAAGGAAUGCAAGGGCCACCAAACAAGAAAAUGAUUUGUUAGCCUUGCGAAAGAAGACCAGAAAACGUACCCGAAAGUUUGUUGUUGAUGGUGUAGUUGUUACUACAAGACAGGUCUUUUAUGAAGAUGAGGGAAUGGGCACUGGCCACUUUUCAAGAAAGCAAGAGCUGCGAGAGCUUAAGAUCCUUCAAAAAAUUGAGCAGAAGCAGUUCCAGGAAUUGGCUGUUAAGGCCAAUUUUGCCAAAGCAGAACAGGAAAAGAAGUUUGACCUAGAGAGGCAACAACUGCUACGAGGAUAUGAUACUGAAAUAGAAGCUCUGAACAGACAACAAAAACAGCAGGUGGAGAAAGCAGAAGCUCUGCAAGAGGUUGAAUUGAAGAAUGCCAGCAAAAAGAUAAGAGCUGAACAAGAACGUGAACUGAAGGCUUUCCGCGAGUCCCUCAAGACAGAACUCAAACUCUUGAAACAAGAGGUUGAUCUUCUGCCCAAAGAUAAGCGAAAGGAAGCCUUCAAAUCUCAUAAGGAACGUUUGGAUGUUGAUCAGAGUGAGAGAGAAAAGUCUUUCCUUGAGAAGUUGCAUGAAACCCAUGAGGUAUCCUUGAAACGUUUAGGUGACGACCAUCGUGAAAGAAUUGCCCUACUGGAGCGGCAGUUCCUUCAGCAAAAACACCAGUUUUUAAGAUCAAGAGAAUCUGCACUCUGGGAAAUGGAAGAACGCCACUUACAUGAGAAGCACCAACUGUCCAAGAGACAACUCAAAGAUAUUUUCUUCCUCCAGAGACACCAGAUGCUUCUUCGCCAUGAUAAGGAACUGGAGCAAGUGAAACGGGUUAACCAGCACAUGGAGGAAGAGCUUAUUAAGAGACAGCAGAUUGAAAAGAGACAGUUACCCAAGCGAAUCCGCCAAGAGAUGAAGGCACGUGAGCUCAUGUUCCGCGAGAGCAUGAGAAUAAGUACAUCACACCUUCCUGACUCUCAUGAAGAUGAGAAAAACAAACUUAAAAAGUUCCAGGAGAAUGAGAAACGUAGAUAUGAGGCAGAAAAGAAACGUGCUGAGCAGAAACAUCAGCGGAAACUAGAGGAGCUCCAGGCAGCCUCAGAAUAUACUGUGAAGGAACUAGAACAACUUCAGAAUGAGAAAAGAAAAAUGUUGAUGGAACAUGAGACAAACAAACUCAAGUCUCAAGACGAGGAGUAUCAACGUGAGGUACGAGAGUGGAAGGAAAAUCUCAAACCCCGGAAACAGGGACUGGAGAAGGACUUUCAUGCUGAUUGGAUCUUUGCACAGAGAACACAUCUUGACUACCAGAAAUUGGAAGAGGAAUUUGAAAAACAGCUGAAUGAACAGGAGCAGUUCUAUGGAGCUUAUUUGUGUCGUGGCCUGGGUUCUAGUGUGACUCCUUCACAAUCAACUUCCAGUCUUGCUCGCUCUAAUACAUCCUAGAACUAAAAAUUGCCAUCUCCACCAAUUAGCCUAGCUUUCAAAUUAAUUACAAAAGUCAUAAAUCUGAAAGAUAUAGUGAACUUAAUGAGAAAGGCAUGAAAUGGAGUUGGAUACCCAUGUUUGUUAAUAUGUGGGAUUUAUAUCCAAGUGCUGUAUUUAGAGUCAAACAAUGAAUAUGAAGCACUUACUUUGACCAAGACACUAAAAUUUAUUCAUUUUAUUGCUCUAACUUUCAUCAUAAAAACUUGUUUUGUGUUAUUCAGUGCAAGUAAACGUCUAUAGGAACAUGAGAUACUGUAUUUAGUUGGAAUUGAUGAGUGACUUCUCCAGUGUAUCACUUCAUUUGAGUGUAUCUUUGAAAAUUGCCACAAUGUAAUAACGGUCUUUAUAUCCACAUUGAUUGUGCCUAUUACAGUAACUUUUUUUAUAGAGCAUAAACCAUUACUUGAAUCAGCACUUAACUUUUUUGCUUGGCCAUUGUUCAAUACUUGCUGAUUUGAAACAGGAUAAUUAUAAUUCCUGCUGAUUGCCCCUGACUGUAUGCCAAUACAUAUAGUGAACCAGCAAACCAAAAUCAUAAGUGAUUGGAGUAUUCUGCCGUGACAGGUGAGCUGAAUUGAUAAUGGCUGUCAAAAUUAUCCCAUUCUGAUAUCCUAGAAGAUCUCAGGUUGGCUCUGCUAAGUAAGAAUUGUGUUAUCUUUACAUACAGAGUAAUGUAAUGAAUCAAAAUCCCAUGGAUAGUCUACAUUACCUGUUUUGUAUCCUAUAUUCUUUGCAUUAGAUUCAAUUUUAUGUAUUUUUUCGUAGCAACACCACCACAGUAUCAAAAUAAUUUUUGCAGUUCAACAAUAAACUUUAAAAAAAAUUUACUCAUGUUAUUGACAAUCACUAUUGUUGUGUGAAUAUAUUGAAGAUGUUAUUGGGUCAAUGCAUUGUAGCUGAUAUACAACUUUUGCAAUAUUUCCAACUAUUUAUGUGCAAUAUACAGACAUGACAAAAGUUUUGAAGUUUGAAUUUGUUUUUUUUUUUCUAUUUUUUUUAUGGUAUACAGUACUCAUAAUGUGUUAAAAUGUGUAGAACCCUGUAUGACUAAAAACAAUUGACAUUUAGGAAUAGGGGCAAAAAUGUAACAUUUGUUUAUAUAUACUGUAUAUUGAUAAACAAAUUUAAAAUUUAAUUUUUUAUUUUUUUAUUUUAAUUAUAUAAAUAUUGGCUGCACAAAUUUAGGGUCAGAUGUGCAUUCAUGAGUGCUAAAAUUAUAUAAAAUCAAUUAGAUCAGUAGUGGUGGUUCCCCCCCAAAAUUGUAGUAAAUCACAAAGAGAAUACUUUUUGCACCGAGUAUUCACAUGAUUUUGAUGUAUUGUCUCGUUAAAUUAAGGUCUCAGUAUUGUUUACCAAAAUAUUUUUGUUCACAGACUGUGGGAAACGUUUUACUUAUUUAACAGCACAAAGCAGGAAAUGAAGUCGGUGUAAAGAAGGGCUAGUUCAUAUGAGAUAAGUAUAAUCAUGAAUGGUCUUUUAUAGUUUUAAAGAAAUUUGUGGAACAUUUGAAGGUUUUCACAAUAAUAUGUAUAUUUAAAAUUGCUUCCAUAUUGGAAUGAUUCAGAUGAGAAGUUUUAUAGAUGUAAUGUUAUUUAUGAACCCCACAUCAAUUGUAUCCUUGACAAAAUUGUGCCUAAGCAAUCCAUUGGGCUGGUGGAAAUGCAGCACACCAUCAAGCAAUGUUUUGACUCACUGGCUUGAACCAUUAAUGAUCUCCAUCCCAAAAUGUCAGCUCCAUGUUCAUUUUACUUGACCUUUGUUAAAAAAAGCAGUAUUGAGUUUUCUGAAUGGAUGUUGUAUAAUCCAGUUUUGAAAAAAAGAUUUACUAAGGAAGUUAAUGACAUAUAGUGGUAUACAUGUAAUUUAUUUACAAAGUGAUAAAUAAGAUCAUGUUUUGUAGGAUAAGUAGGUAAUACAAAUACAAGUGCUGUUAUUGUUUAUUCAUUUCAUAAGAUUCUCUGUUAAAGCAGGAUGAGUACUCUCUUGUAGGUACUAACCUCGAGUGCAGUAGUGUCAAUUGCUCUGGGAGACACGUGGUUGUCAUCAUAUUAUGAAUGUUCAGUAUCCUGAAAUCCCCAACCACGACUGGGUACUGCAGUUGGAGAGAAGAAUGUAAAAUGCUCAUAGUAAUAGCUCUUAGCUUUAUAGUUCCAUAACAUUUGUAAGAAUGGUGAAUUGUAUUAUACUGAAGCAUUUUCACCUUGUCUUCUGAGGUAGUUUUUUUUUUAUUUUUAUUUUUUUGCUUUGUAGAUAAUUUUUUAACUCGCCUGUGUAUAUCCUCUGAAAACUGCACAUCACUUGUAAAGAUAAUUGGUUUGAAUAUUAAUUCUCCUAUAGAAUACUUGUGCGAUGAAAGUUAUUCUGUAUACCACAAUACAGAUUAUCAAAGGCUUGUAACUAAAAAAAAAAAGUCACAAAACAUGAUUAUUUUUUCUUGAUAAUUUUACUUCAAAUAAGUUUUUGAAUUACUUGAAGUUGGUCAUCCCUAUGAUGACCAAGGUAUUGAUGUUGUGGAAACUGAACCGGUUAUAAUGUAAGAAAAUGGAAUUAUGUUUGAAAAAUGCUUAACAUGCAACAUUUACUUAUUUCACAUUUAACUGCCAUACCUGAUACAUGUACCAGUACUGUACAUGAAAACUUAAGUUUAAACAUUUGACAUAUUAACUGGAUCAUGUGUUGUGUCUACUGGGCAAAGUAGAAUUUCAAUUACAUAUUCAACAAGUAUAAAAGUUGCCCAGAAACAGUUUGGUUACGUUGCCUGUGAUAAAGUUAAGACCUCAAAUUUAUAUUAGUUUGUACAUUGCACAAUCUGAUUUCUUAAGAUUGUGCAGUUGGCUGAUGUAUGAAAAGCCUUUUAGUGAGGAAUAGAAAUAAUUGUGAUGGAUAUAUUUUUUUUUUUCAGACACUUUGAUGCUAAAAUAAAUUCUCUAUUAUUCUCAAAUAUGGAAAAACUCAUAAGUAAGGUUGAUAUUUCCAUACCAAUCUGAAUCAAGAUGUGGUCCAUCUUUUACAUUUUGGACUCUUACAUUUGCCUUUUAUAGAAUCCAUUUACACAUCUUUUUGUACUUAGAAAAUAAUAAUUGACUUGAACAGAGUACUUUUUAUCAGUCAUUUGAUGUUAAUCACUUGAAUAGAUUUUGAAGUUUUAUGUGCAUAUAAUUGUACGGUAAACUUUUUCUGUUUUACAAAUCGAGAAAAAUAUUUUAUUUUUUUGUAAAAUCUUUAUAUUGGUAACAAUUCCAUCCUGCUCGGGUCAAAACUUGUAAUGUGUGGAUGUUUACUUUUAUGACCCUUUAAUAGUAUGUAGGUUAUCACCUUUGUCAAUUUUGAUUCUUUUGUCAGAUCUUAUUGCUUAUUUGAUAUGACUUUUUGUUAGUCCUAUAUAGUUAUUGUAAUGUAUGACUGUAAUAUGUUCAUUCACAUGAGCGUCCAUUUAGGACAAGUGGAAUGUAAAAACCAAUGUAAGGUAAGUUUACAUAUAUACUUGUUGAAAAAUAUAAUGUGUAAAGAAAUAAAUUGCUUUAUUAAGAAA